AUGUAUGAUUUAAAGAUCAAGUAUAUAAUUGAACCUCGAGAUCAUUAUGGAAGCAAUUUGAAUCCAACGAAUGCCUGGGAGCUGCCGCCCAGACCCUUCAAGGCGCUGCUCUAUUCACCUCACGCGAAUUUUGAGGCGGCGACACACGCGUGUGUGGAGAAAUCAGCCGUUGGGCAGAGCUGUAACCCGGGGAGCCAAGAGAGCGAAUUCCAGGGAGCGCGUUCGCGGUCUCUCUCCUCACAAAGUUCUGAUUCUGGGGGCGGCGCGUCCAGCAGGGCUGAAAGGGAGGUUCUAAGUUCGCGCUGCGGGCAGCGGCCCCGAGCGGAGGCCGGUCCGCGGCCGCCCGGCGCCGCCUCACACGACCCGUGCGGAGCCGGACUGGGCGAUGGGAGUCAGGGUUCAGUGUCAGGGAGAGAGCGGCAGAGAGACCCUGGCUACGAAAAACGGGCAGAGAGGCUGUUGUCAGAAGUUACCGUUUGUCAGGAAAAGCAGCCAGCGUUUCACGAAAUGGAGAACAGACGUAAAGCUGACAGAGUUACGCUGUCAGAGACGACAGAAAAAAGCACUUCAGCAUCUAUGCUAAAAAUAGCCACAGCCCCAAACCAGCCCAGCGUAGAAACGGCCAAACCCCGCUGUUUCGGAGAGAGCCGCCUAGUCAGUAUCCCUGGGCUUCCAACGGGUGGAAACAGCAGAGCGUCCUCUGCCUGUUUAAAGGAAGUAGCGGAGGAAAAGGACACCAGGGAGGCAUCUGGUCGGGGUUUCACAAACAUGGACUGGUCCCAAAAUAGACUUGAUGUCCAGAAGCAAAAGUUACGGGGUGAUAAAAAAAUGGUGGGUGCGGAAAGUAUUUUUCCUGAUGAAAGUUACCUCCAGUCAUGCUGCCCCCAAAAUGUGUGCACGAAAAAGCUAGACGCCAUCACUCUAAACGCUCACCCUGGUAGGAUCAAGUCUGACACAAGAGGCCCAGAGAAGGAUUUCACUGUAAUACCAGGAAAUGCAAAUGUGGAAGAAGCAGGGACCUGCCUGAACAGUUACAUGCCCAACACCAAGUUGGAAAAGUCUCAAAGCUGGGCCGGUAACACGGCACAGGUUUCAAGGGAAAAUUGUUGGUUUGUGGAUAGCUACAAGAUGGAAUGUGAAAACGUGGGAAAAACUGGAGCAGAGUUGAGCUUGCUGCAAUUAUUAGAAAUAAAUCUCUUAAGCGAUACCAUAGCCAGGAAUGCACGUGAAGAACAAUUAAAGUCUCUCAUGACAAGAGCACUGGGCCGCCAAAAAGCUUUAACACAGUUUUUUUGGUUACAUGCCAGAGGAGAAACUGAUAAUAUGCUACAGUUGCGAUAUUGUGCUCCAAAAAAGGACUUUCAUUUAAGCAUUUUUGAAAAGUUUACUGAAGGAAUUUUUUAUUUCCGUAAAUGUGUUUCAGGAAGUGAAAAAGAUACCUUAAACUGGUAUGAAAUUUUGAUAUAUAAAGACCAAACUGACAGUCAAAAGGUAACUAGAAGUGUGGAUGUCAAUAGAAAGGAGAGCAUUUUAAGCAUGUACUCACAAAGCAAGCUUUCAGAACCUCGAAGUACACCGACAGCUAACAUAGUUUCUUUGUUUAGUAACUUAGACUCUUUAGCAAGAAAAAGUGUUUCUAAAUUACAAGAGGAGUACAUUUUCAAAUGGAUAGUCAGCUAUCCGAAAAAUACAGUGGAAUGUCAUAACACAUUAAAGAUGUUUUCAAGACUAUUAGAAGAUAAUAUGGAGCCGAUAUUAGAGAAGUACCAAGUUAAAGAUGAACAAGUUUUUGAAGAGCCUAGGGAAAAAAGCAUGGAUUUUGUCAGUAUGACAACUAAAAAUACACAGUUUCCAAUUUUUGAAACAUAUGAAAAAAUUUCAGUGGAUUUUGAUAAUUUGGAUGACAUUUUGCCCACAAAAGAAAUUAGUUCCAAGAAUAAGUGCUGUCCUGAACAACUUAUGAAUGAGGGAAAUUUGACAGUUAAAACACUAGCUAAGUCUGGUUCUCCAUUUAUACAGACCAACCAUGGAUAUAUCAGUGCAGACUUGUAUGAAAUGAGUAAGCACAACCAAGAUUUAGAUACUGAAAGAAAACCAGAGCAUAAUAUGCUCAGUAGUUUUAAUUUUAAUGACAUACUUGCAGAUUCCAUCAAUAUUAGACAACAGACCAUUCAGUCAAGCCACUACAGAAGACCUAGUGAACAGACCAUUCCUGCAUCCAUAACUCAGAUGCUAAAUCUUGGGAACUUGCUUACAGAAACUGAAGGAAAAAGUCAUAUCUUAAUGUUGAAGGAGGAAGUAAAAACCACAGCACAAAGUUUAAAAAAUAUUUGCUAUGCUCAUGAAGAUAUUAAGAUAGACAAGGAAGAGAAAAACAGUUUUGAUUCAAAGGCUGACAUGUCUUCUGUGCAACCGGUUUUGUUAAUGAAUAAGAAAGCAAAUGUGGAAGAAACUAAGAAUGUUUCUCAAAACAAUGUAGCUGACAGAAAUGAAUAUGAAAGUAUUUUGCAAGAAAUUAAGUUAGCUAAUUCAGAGCAUUUUCAUCCAAAGAAUGACUCUACAGAAAGUUUUAAUCAUCAGUUGGAAACUGAUUUGAGUGUCACAAACAAUGAAUGUUUUCAGGACUCAACUGCCAAAUGUUUACCAACAGAAACUCUGACAAUGGCAAAAGAUUUUGAGAUGAAGAGUAAAUUUGAUUUAGUACUUGAAGAACUUCGUAUGUUUCAUGAAAUUAGUAAGGAAAAUGAAAUUCUAAGCACUGUGGAAGUAGACAAUGGACUAGAAAAUUACUUUGAAAAAAAUAAUGUUGGAGAAAUGAACAUGGAGAUAAAAAAAGAUUUGAAAGUGAGUACAGGCAACAAAAUAUGUACCUCUUCUUUGUGCUGUGAUACUGACACAGGUCCUAAUAUGCAUAAAAGGCACCAAAAUGUAUUUAAAUGGAAAACAGUACCUAAAAGUGGAGAACAGGAAGUUCCUAAGCAGUAUUGCUCUUCAGGAAAACAGGAACAAGAAUUAUUCUAUUCUGAGAAAGAUUGUGAAAAACCUUCAUCUAUGAGACCUGCUUUCUUCUCUGAUGAGCUUCAUGAAGAGAAAUUGAAUUAUUUACUACGGGGAGUGAUGGAUCCAGUUUCAAAGUGCAUGAAAGUGGAUGACCUACCUGAAGGCUGUUGA